UUAUUAUUUUUUUUAAAUAGGAAUUAUAGGUAAAACCAUCUUAGUUAUAGUAAAAUAGAUUUUGUAUUCAGUUGUGUUUCUAAAGUUAACUGAAUUAGAUUGAAUGAAUGAAACUAGAAUAAAAAUGGAAUAUCUUGUAUCAUAUUUGCUAAUAAGCCUGAUGUUUUUUGUCAGUUUAAAUAAAUGUGAGUCGCCAUGGCCGGCAGGUAUAAACGCCACUGUUUACUAUGAAACAGGCUGCCCUUAUGACAAAAGUUUUAUUGAACAACAGUUAAAUCCCAUCCUAGAGGGAAAUCUAUCCAAUUAUGUCAAUUUACAAUUAUUAUCUUUCGAUUCAAAGUCACAUGAAUCUGCUGAUUCGGCCAGAUGGGUAUGUUACGAUGAUCGAAAAGAGACAUGUCCUCAUGAAAUAGACGCAACUAAAGAUGCGGCAUCAUUAGAGCUCGGAGUUACCCUAAGAUGUUUGCAGUUUUUUAUGUGCUAUUUGAGAAAGUUAAAAAGACACUUUGAAUACCAACCAAUUGAUUCUGCAGACAAAUUUUGUACCGCUUCUCAUCUUGGUUUUUAUUACAUCCCAUUUCUGAAUUGCACUGCAGAGGAAGUGGAAUUACAUUUCAAAAAGCCAAAUAAUACGUUUGGAGAUGAGACUUUGGACAAAAUUGAUCUUAAAUCAAAUUUAAAACCUGAGGAGAAAAAUGUUGCUAUAACUACCAUCAACUGGGAGAUGAAAUCAGUAUGUAUGGAUAGAGUAAAUAGAGCAAAGGCGUCCGAGAGAGGAGUCCAAAGUGAUCGGUUGAAAGCAGAAAAAAUAAAAUUGGAUGAAAGCAGUGCAGGAGCACAUGCUCUAAUCAAUAUAAAUAACUUGGUGCUAGGUUUCUUUGUUUAUCUAAGCAUUCACUUUUACUAUAACAAAGUUGAAUAGUUAAGCGUUGUUUAGCCAAUAGCUUUAACUAGUUAAGAAAUAUGAUCAUAACAUCUGUAUUAAAUAAAAAUUAAUUUCAGUA